AUGAAGAUGUGGAAGAAUGUAAAAGUUGACCCUGUGAAUGAUAGGGAUUUGAUAUUUCAUGAACUAAUAGAUGAAUGUAAACAUGCAGCUCCAGGUGCUAGAUUAUCCUAUACACUCCGGGCUAAACUGGAAAAAUAUUCUCGAGACGUUCGAAGAGAUAUAGUGAAUCGUAUAAAAGUUGGAUGUUCUCCAUUAUUUAUAGCCUGCAAAAAGGGACAAAUAGAAAUUGUGGAAUAUCUUGUCACUGUUUGUUUUGCUGACAUUGAGCAGAAGGGUCUUUAUGAGGUUCAAGAGGACAGAUCUACCCAUGUUGUUACACCUUUAUGGUGUGCUGCAGUUUCUGGAAAGCUACCAGUAGUAGAACUUCUCUUGAAAUUUGGAGCAGAUAUCAAUGCAGUUUCAGACACUGGCUCAACUCCUGUUAGAUCAGCAUGUUUCAUGACACAUUUUGAAAUAGUUAAAUAUCUAGUGGAACAUGGGGCUGAUAUAAAUAGACCCAACUACAAUGGAGGCACAUGUCUCAUCAAUUCUGUGCAGAGUGCUAAUUUAUGUGACUUUCUAUUGAAAAAUAAUGCUGAUGUAAAUGCUAGAGAUAUCCAAAAUAAAACAGCCCUUCAUUAUGCCAUUCAGGAGCACAGAUUAGAAACAACAAGAUUAUUGUUGAAAAGUGGAGCAAAUUACAAUGCUAAAUCCAGAUAUGGAGAUGAUGCCCUACAAAUGGCAUGUUUGAAAGGAGCCACGAGAAUAUUUGAAUACCUGACUAUCAGGAUCAAAUACCCUCCUGAAAAAUUGGCCAAUGCCCAUGAAUUGAUGGGGGCCACUUAUUUGGAUGAACACAAUGACCUGGCAGUAGCACUGUUUCAUUGGAAAGAAGCACUAAUCAUCAGACGAGAAGAGAACCUGUUCCCUAAACAACCUGUAAUGCAACCACAUGAAGGAUAUCGGUUUGAAAAGGAAUUUGAAACAUUGGAAGAGUUGGAGAAUAUAUCUGCUGAUCUGGAUUUGGUUCGAAUACAAAGUCUCAUGAUUGCUGAAAGAAUAUUAGGAUCGCAUCACAAAGAUACUAUUUUUAGGCUAAUGUACCGAGGUGCUUCUUAUGCUGAUGUAAUGCGAUACCAACGCUGCAUCGACCUAUGGAGACGAGCUCUUGAAAUCAGAAUAGAAAAAGACUCAAUUCUUUACACCGAUACUUGUUUUUCUGCUCAAGCGCUCAUAAGACUGAUGAUUGAAUAUCAUGUUAAGUUCGUGACAAAUAAGGAGAACACUAUCAGGCAAAGGUUUCACAAUGCUGUUUCAACUUUCAAGCUUAUGACGAGUAAUAUUGUUGAAAUUCGUAAACUCCUAACAAUAAAACCAGUCUACAAAAGACAGGCGGAUUUUUUCGAUAAGAUGCUGAAAUGCAUCACACAUUUGAUAUACCUAAUGAUAGAAACUAUAUCGAUGGAUGAAGAGAGGAAAUUGGUAGUGAUGCUAGUGUCAGAUUUCCUGAAAAAAAAUUUGAGAUGCGUCGCCGUUGAAGAUACAAUUUUACAUUUGUGCGUCUCUAAGCUCAAUACUCUCAGAUCCAGCUAUUUUUUGGAUGAAGAACCCAUAAUAAUAUUCCCAAAGGAGAAUGUUGUAAGAUGUCUACUUGAGUGUGGAGCUAAUGUCAAUGCUAGGAAUGACCUUGGUUUCACUCCUCUGCACAUAAGUACUAUACCAUAUAAUCAUUCAGAGUGGUUGGUAAAACUGCUCCUGCAAUUCGGCGCUCACAUAGAUCAACCGAACUUGGCCGGCAAAAGACCUCUCGAUGCCAUCAUAGACAUCAACUUGCACCACCAAUCUGACAUACAUAUACUGAAUCACCUUACCCUCAAAUGUUUUUGUGCGACAGUGAUAGCUAAGUAUAAGAUUCCAUAUAAAAAUCAAAUACCAAAAACUCUGGAAAAAUUCGUUAAACUUCAUAAACCAUAG